AUGUGGUACCGACUUCUCUCUGCCGCAUGCACGGUUAGUGGGGAUGCCCUGCAGAAUCUUUAUUGUGAGUCCUGCCUGCUCCAGGCCGAGCUGGUGAAUUACGAGCGAGUCAAGGAGUACUGCCUCAAAGUGCUUCAGAAAGAAGGCGAGAACUUCAAGGCGCUCUAUCGAUCAGGAGUGGCAUUUUACCACCUGGGUGACUUCAACAAGGCCCUCUACUACCUGAAAGAGGCAAGAUCCCGCCAGCCAACAGAUACCAAUGUCAUACGAUAUAUCCAGCUGACAGAGAUGAAGCUCAGCAGAUGUUCCCAGAGAGAGAAAGAGGCCUUGUGAAAAUGAAGCCGCCUCAGCUGAAGUGCCCAAGGGGGAACAUUUCCUUCCUAGAAGCUCAUUUGGUGGAUUUUCCUGUUUGCUCUGCCUCAUCCUUAUCUCCUCAUCCAUCCACUCUCCUUUGCUCUUCAUUGAAUCCCAGUUUUGGAAAAAAAAAAAAAAAAAAGAGACACGGACGCUGGAUAUGGCUGCUUGCCAACUGUGGUAAUACCCCUUCCCCAUGGCAGGAGAGCACAACGGCUACAGCCGGCCUUGUUCCACAACAGUGUCACACACCUGGAGUAGGCAAUGCUGGGGGACCUUUCUGGUCCUGAGCUGACUGCCUAUUACUCUUAGGGAAGCAACCCCCAGAACAACGACUUCCUGACCAGGCAAGUUGGAGACAAACAGUUUCUGCUCUGAGUGAUCACUGGAGCUUGGAAGAGCUAAGAAUGCAAGAGAGCCACUGGUCAUUUCACAGAGGCCUUUUUACCAUCAGUUCCCUCUGCCUGCUUCUCCAGUGUGUGUUACUGGUCUCCAGUGAGAGCUCACAUGCUCCCAGUCUAAUGCCAGUGAAAACUUGUUUCUAAACAUCCUCUUAAUGAAAGCACAGAGCACCCUACAACCCCCCCGCAGAGCUGUCCCGGUGCCGGAGGAGAAGGCUGUGGUCUACCACAGAACGCUGAACAGACUGUGAAAGCAUGGUGUACAGUGUGAGGGAAAAACUGUGAAAUAAUUCAUUAAAGGCAAAUAAAAAUUAUUAAUAGGCAACAAGUCCAGGCAUUGCUUUUCGAAGGGACCUCUUGGGUUCCCCGGGUCCAGACAGGCAACGUUGUCUAGUGGGGGGCAGCAUGAGGUGGGGAACAAGGGACGUCUCCAUUCUUAUCUUGGCUCUGCCAAUGCCUUGCUGUGUGAUCUUAGGCAAGUCACUUAGCCUCUCUGUGCCUCGGUUUCCCCAUCUGUACACUGGGGAUAAUAAUACUUCCCUACCUCGCAGGGGUGUUGUGAGGAUGUGUUAGUUAAUGUCUGUAAGUAACAGUACAGUGAUGUACAGUGCUAAGUAUUAUUAGUACAUUGGAUUGAGGUCUCGACUCUCCCAC